UUUAGUUGUCCUUAAACUGAUCAAGAUGGUUAAGACUGCAACUGGUUUUGUUAUUUUCCGUACUGUCGCCAAUAAAGUUGAAUAUUUGCUGUUGCAAGCUUCCUAUGGAACCAAUCAUUGGACGCCACCAAAAGGACAUGUGGAUAAAGGUGAGACUGAACUGCAAACUGCUUACCGAGAAACUAAAGAGGAGACAGGAUUGGAGGCCACUGAUUUCAAGAUUUUUGAAGACAGCAAACAAACGCUAAAUUAUGAAGUUAAUGGGAAACCAAAGAUUGUCAUUUAUUGGUUGGCACAAUUAACAAAUACCAAUGCCAGUGUCAAAUUGUCCGAUGAGCAUAUUAACUAUAAGUGGCUUCAGUUACAGGAAGCUUGCAAUGUUGUUCAGUAUGCUGAAACCCAACAGCUUCUUAAAAAUUGUGAAGAUUAUAUUAGCAAACAUUCCUUGGUUUAAAAUCUGUUUUGAGGUCACUUGAUUUGAUUAUAAUCUUAUUAUUUAAAUAUAAAAUAUUCCAUUUA